AUUUUGUUUACUAUGGACAGAUUCUAAAUGGAUUCUUUACAAAAGUAUGUUAUACUGUUUAAUGCAGUAUAUAUGAUGAAUUGUUUCGUAGAUUGAACUCAUAAUACGAACUCUGAUGUUACAAUAUACCAGAUGUUGACUCUCACUGUUCUUGUCUAAGAGAUUUGUGACUAUUUUGUUACAGAAUAACAAUGACAUCGCAAUCUAACGAUUUGUAUAAUCGCAAUGUUGGUGGUAGAUUGAAACUAAAGGGUCUAAAGUCUAAGGGACUACGAUCCAAAACGAAUACGACUGAUAGUGCAACCAGCACGGAGAAAUCUAAGGUUAAUAUCAAAUACAAAACUAUUGAAGGGACAGGGCGGAUAGUUUCAUCGGGGAACACGAUACAAGGCUUUGCAACCAAGUUUGUCGAUGAAGUUGCCGUUGGGGACACUAUUGUAGUUAAUCAUCCCAUGUCGAAGUCCAAUGAAGAGAGGACUGUUCAAGCUAUAUUAAGCAACCGGACUCUUUGCUUAGACGACCCCUUUAGUAACGACCUUAUCACUACCAGUGUAUUCACCAUACGUAAACCAGAAGAUGAUCCAGGGACAGCAGCCAACGUAAGCGCCUCUAAAUCACCUACCAAAAAGACUAGUUUAAUUACCGUACGUGAAAAAACAGGGAUGUGGAGCUACAAGACAACAACCAAGGUUGUUGACACACAAAUGUCUGCCGAAGAUCGAUUGAAUGAGCGCGUUAAGCAUAGCAGAGACAAAUACUGUUGGUAACAGUCUUAACAUGUCAAAUGGAUGUGGUAGUUGCUACUCAUUUAUAUAAUGGGUACAUAUUACCGUUCAGAUACGGUUGUCCACAAAAGAUGUUUUUUUCGUGAUGUAACAUUAUCAAGAUACGUUACGCAACCCAUAGGAUUAUGAAAAUACAUAGUAUCGCAACAAAAAGUAGAAAUGUGUAUCAUAUGUGAUUGCCACCUCAUAAGGUCUUUACACAUUUCGAUCUUUUUAUU